UGACUGAACGUAAUGAUGCUCACCCUUAAAAACAGUUCCUAACAGUUACCUUAACGACAGCCAUCAUAUGCGAUACGGCUGCGCUGUUAUAACAGUCGGAUGAUGUAAGAAGCAGGCAGUAAGGAAAAUAUAAACAGGCCCCUGUUAAAUUCAGCUUUCAGUUUAGUAGUUGUAUGCGAGUGCACCAAAACAGAAAAUAGAAAUUAUAUCUUGCCAUAAGAUAUCUCUUUGGCAUAGGGGACAACCCUCAAAGGAUCAAGUACAUUUUCUGUGUAUAAUGCUUGGUGGAAUUGCAACUUAUUUCUUUAAAGGAGAAGAGGUUCCAGAAUCCAAGAAUGAAGAAAAAACAUCUUACAUGACAAAGGAAACAGAAGAUGAUUGGCUUCUUGUAGAUAUUUGGGAAUCUAAUGCUCUUCCAUCCAUGCAUCAAGUGGAUCUUAAACUACACUCCGCCCCGAAAAAUGAAAAUAUGAAAUGUAAACACCUUUGCCCUAAAGUUAGUGGUUCCGCUUCUCUUUCUGUUCAACUUCCAGAAAGAGUAGAAUUGGCUACAACUUUACCAGAUAGUCCUGUAAGUCCAACUCAGAUGGAUGGGAGUUGGUACAUUACGCCACCUCCUUGUUUUACUGCUAGAGGACUGGUUCGUGUAGAGACAUCUCCUUUGGAAAACCUACUGAUUGAACAUCCCAGUAUGAGUGUUUAUGGAUCUGAUUAUCUACGAGUUUUGUCUUCUGUGAAUAAAGAGGUUUAUACCUCUCGGAAAACUGAUGCAGAAAAGGAUGAAACUUCUUCCUUGAUCAUUCAAGAAGAUGAAUCACAACAAUCAGUAGCAUCUGAUACCAGGAUAAUUAACAGGAGAACAAAUAAAUGUGUGGAUAGGUUUCACAGAAGAAUAAGAAGGAGACAACAAACUUCUGCUGUAACUAUGACAAUGGAUAUACUUGAAUUUAUUGAGAAUGUGAAGCCAGCUCAGCGAGCUCGCAAGCGACAUGAGCAGAAACAACUACAGAAGUCCUACCUUGACAGACAGAAUCAGAUUUGUCAUAUGCAAGCUAGUGUUAAACAUCCUCCAAGGAAAGACCAUCUGAUGCAUCACUCGAGGGUUAAUAACAAACGCAAGAGUUAAAAGGUUUUACUGCUUAUCAACUAGCAAUAAUGAUUUUAUUGUAGUUUUGCCUUACGUUUAGAUAGUCCAUAUUACGUUGUUCAAAAAAUUCAAUUUUUGUUUUAGCUCUUCCAUAUAAUAUUCUCAGGAUCAAAAGCAAACAUCGAUUUGAAUAAUUAAUACUAUUAUAUGUUUUUUAUUGAAGGCUAGUGAUACAGUUAUUAGCUGAGGGUUAAAUGUUUAUCACAAUUUAGUAGUACUCAGUAAAUAAAUAAAAUCAAUAGGAACAGAUAAAAGGUAGUGUUGUAAUUUCUAGAUGAAACUCAAAUUCGAGGAGCUCGUGAAAUAACUUUUUUUAUGUUUUAAUUCUUUGGAGUUCUACAUAUAUGUUAAGUUACAUCCAGCUUUUAAAACUAAAGAUUUUUUGAAAAUGUACGUGAUAUGUAUUUUACAUUGUAUUGUGGACAGCUUGUAAGUUAUUUAUAUUUUUAUUUCACAGCUCAUCAUUCAUGAUGAAAAUUCUGCUUGAUUUCACUGAGGAUGUUAUAUAAAAUCAUGUGCAUUGGUUACAAGGUCUGAUUGGUGUAUGACAAAAUCCUGUAAAUGUUUUUCAGCAAAAACCUAAAAAGACUAACAAUUACAUAUGUAAAGUAUAUUUCAUUUCUUUUCCAUAAUAUAGUCUGUCAAGAACUGCAAAAUAGAUUAUUAGUGGGUAUGUAAGUAUAUCUGUGAUUGUAUUUUAGCUCAUUAACUCUUUCAGCACGGGUUUGGACCCUGGAACCAACCUCGUAACCAUUUUGUGCUUGUUACAGUUUUCAUGCUAUAACAUUUAAAGUAGUAAGUGUAUGUUAACAAGAUUUGG